UUAAGUUGGACAUUUGGAAGAAAUUCUUCACAGAAAGGAUGAUUAAACACUGGAAUGGGCUGCCCGGGGAGGUGGUGAAGUCACCGUCCUUGGAACCGUUUAAGGAAAGACUGGAUGUGGCACUCAGUGCCAUAUUCUGGUUGACACGGUGGUGUUUGGUCAUAGGUUGGAUUUGAUGAUCUCAGAGGUGUUUUCCAACCUGAUGGAUUCAUUGAUUCUGAGCUGGCACCGCUGUCCUGCCUCUCCUUGUGUGUGUGUGUGGGGUCUGUGCACCUCCUGCUUGGGCUGCAGCUCCCUUUGCUCCAGUGGUCUCUAGUAUUUUAGCUGCAAGUGCACGAUACUUAUCCUUCCUUCCUCUUCCAAGAGCCCAAGGGCUUGAUCCACAUUUCUUUCUCCUCAGGCAUCCACUUUUCUCUUAAGUGCAUUAAGGAGACUUACUCAUUUCCUUCCCUCUCUUCCCGCUACUUUCCCCUAAAGAUACCAGUGACAGGAAGGAAGGAGGAGACCCUCCCUUAACUCUGAGUGUGAUGGUUCUGCCGAUUUCUUCUGUGCCUGGAGGGCUCAGCUUUCAGCUGCCAGAGUGUCCCAUUGAAAGCUGCCCUGCUGGUCGUUAUCAGGGAUACAUGGCUGUAUAUCCUGUGACAAAGCACGAUAUGUUUAGUCCUUGCACUAGACAAGAUUAGAUCUGCAGCAUGUGAAAGGGAUGUCAUAUGUAAUCCUCAGCUGAUGUUAAAUAUAUAGCUACUGGUGGCUAGAGAUUGCUUUGUACGAGGUAACACCUUGGCAGCUUGACAUGGGGUUUUUUCUUCUGAUGUUCCUGGACGAGCAGGAGAAGGAGAUCAGUGUCAGUUCCACUUGUCAGCUUUCACUCUGCAGACCUGAAACUUGGGUGUUUCUAACUCAGUGCAGUCUGAGUUGUUCGCGUCCAACAGGGUCACAGCCUUGCUGGGGUGACAUGAGAACGAACUGAGUGCUUGGAUGCUCUGGUAGCUGGUAAAUACUCUGAAGUAUGCAAUAAGUUAAUAUUCUGUGUUACUAGUUCUGUGUAAGAAAUGUUGUUUCAUGAAUUUUGGGUAAGUGCUGGAUAGGAAACUUGAAUUUCAGGUGUUCUUUUUAUUCCUUAGAUACCAGGAUCCAGCUGUGCCAUGACAGUUUGACAGUGUAACUGUUACAUUGUGUAGUGCCAGAUUCCUAAAAUGUCUCUUUAUGUUAAGCUAAAUUCUCUUGUUUUGGUAAUACAAUUAACGUCCUUUGUGUUCAAACUUUGGUGUUGUAUAACUUUUUAUUUAGCUAGGAACAGUGAUCUCUUGUUGCGGUACUCAAUACUGGCAUGGAAAACUUGGCUUCGUGUUUUCUGGAUCUUUUGCUUCACUAUAUUUUAAAGAUCCUACAGGAAACUUUCUUUGAGUAAAAAUGACAGGGCUGUAGUGAAUGUAAUAGUCGUGUUGCAUAAGGCUCAGCUUUCCACCUCUCCUGGAGGUUCUUGCCUUUUUUCUCAUCUUGUGACACCCUUUGUAGUGGAAAUUAGGGCUGUGUUAGAUUAGCAUUGAUUUAAUGUACAUUUCCUAUAGGUUUAAAAUGAGUUUACUUUCAGAUUUUUUCUGGUUAGAGUGAAAGCAGUGUCUCUGUUUAUCUUAUCUCAAAAGUAAUCAAAUGUGAAACAAGAAUCACCUGAUGACAGCACGUGAGGGGGGAGGAGGUUGUAUCCCAGAACUGGUAUUAUUGGAGCAGCCAGUAUAACUGGAAAAACUAAACCCAUUUCUUCUGUGUGCAAGCCUUAUCUUGAAGAUCCUCAUGUAACUGGCUUAGAAAUGGUUCCACAAGAUGACAGCACCAAAUCUAAGACUGUGGAAAUGGAGACUGUCUUCACUUUGACAUGAUGUGUGAAGCUUUUUAGUCAGCAUUUUUUCUUUUUCUUUUACUGUUAUUGUGAAAGGUUACAAAUGGUGUGGGUUUUUAUCAUGAACCGAAUGAGCUCCCAGAGCAGUUCAUCCGCUCAGCGUCGGCGACUGGCUCUGGGAAUCGUCAUCCUCCUCCUCGUUGAUGUGAUAUGGGUUGCCUCUUCGGAACUCACUUCUUAUGUUUUUACAAAGUACAACAAACCUUUUUUCAGUACGUUUGCAAAAACAUCCAUGUUUGUUCUAUACCUCUUGGGAUUUAUUGUUUGGAAACCAUGGAGGCAACAGUGUACUCGUGGGUUUCGUGGAAGGCAUGCAGCCUUUUUUGCAGAUGCCGAAGGUUAUUUUGCUGCUUGUACAACAGAUAACACUGUAAACAGUUCUCUGAGUGAACCUUUAUAUGUUCCUGUAAAGUUUCAUGACUUGCCAACUGAAAAAAAUGGCAGUAAUAAUAGUGAUGCAGAGAAAACUCCCAAAAAGCCUCGUGUAAGGUUCAGUAAUAUUAUGGAGAUCCGACAGCUCCCAUCAAGCCAUGCGUUGGAAGCCAAGUUGUCUCGCAUGUCAUAUCCAACAGUUAAGGAGCAGGAAUCAAUAUUAAAAACUGUAGGAAAGCUCACUGCAACUCAAGUAGCAAAAAUUAGCUUUUUCUUUUGCUUUGUGUGGUUCUUGGCAAAUUUCUCUUACCAAGAAGCUCUGUCAGAUACCCAAGUUGCCAUAGUUAAUAUCUUGUCAUCAACCUCUGGGCUUUUUACAUUAAUCUUAGCUGCAGUCUUUCCCAGUAACAGUGGAGAUCGGUUUACCCUGUCCAAAUUAUUAGCUGUUAUUUUAAGCAUUGGUGGUGUGGUACUUGUUAACCUUUCUGGAUCUGAAAAAUCUGCUGGAAAAGAUACAAUAGGUUCCCUGUGGUCUCUUGUAGGAGCCAUGCUAUAUGCUGUGUACAUAGUAAUGAUAAAAAGGAAAGUAGAUAGAGAAGAUAAACUUGACAUACCAAUGUUCUUUGGUUUUGUAGGGCUGUUCAAUCUGUUGCUCCUGUGGCCAGGAUUCUUCCUGCUUCACUAUACCGGGUUUGAAGCAUUUGAGUUUCCCAACAAACUGAUAUGGAUGUGCAUUGUCAUUAAUGGCCUUAUUGGAACAGUUCUGUCAGAGUUCCUCUGGCUGUGGGGCUGCUUUCUUACCUCAUCACUGAUCGGCACACUUGCUCUAAGCCUUACAAUACCUCUGUCCAUCAUAGCUGACAUGUGCAUGCAGAAGGUGCAGUUUUCCUGGUUAUUUUUUGCAGGGGCAGUACCUGUAUUUUUUUCUUUUUUCAUUGCAACUCUCUUAUGUCACUAUAACAACUGGGAUCCAGUGAUGGUGGGAAUCAGAAGAGUUUUUGCCUUUAUCUGUAGAAAACAUCGAAUUCAGAGAAUGCCAGAAGAAAGUGAGCAGUGUGAAAGCCUCAUUCCUAUGCAUAGUGUUUCACAAGAUGGAGAGAGUUGCUGUUCAUAGACAAAAGUUUAAAAAUGGAAUGAUGCCCAGCGAAGAGACAAUCUUCUGGAAAAGUCCCUAAGGAGUCAUAUUUCAGUGCCUAUUCUGAAUUUGUAGUAAAAAUAAGAAGUUUCAGUUCUUUUGAAACUCUAAA